CACGCCUCUCGAGUCACAGACGCGUCAAACUCGUCCAUCAAUUAUGGGCAUCGUUAAUUUUGAUACCUGCUUGUCAACUUGAUACAGCCCAAUUGCCAUCAUUCAAUUUUGUCCUGAAGCUUUCGCAAAGUCUGUAAAUUCGCCUACUUAUGUCUCGGGCUGCCAAUUCGUUCCUCAAACGUCUCGCCUAGCUGAUGCAUGCGCAGCGUGCCGCACCUGAAUAAGUAGGUACCUAAGUACCUACUAGACACUCGUCCCCUCGACGACUGUGACAUUCUGGGAUGCAAUUGGAUUUACAAACCCCUAGCUACGGCUUUCGGGGAAUUUUCAAUCAAGAAACAUGACAAGAAACAUGACUGGUACAGCACAGCCUAGCCAACAGAACCGAGACAAUCCACUUGUCAAGGCAUUGGCGCAAGCCCUGCCAAAGGACUCGCACUACACAGCAUGGCAUCUGUCCACGACACCUACACCCGCAGAAGCGCUUUGUUAUCCUCCCGCCUUGAACUCGACGACCGAGAAGCGCCCGAGUAAACCUUUGAAGACGUAUUGUGAAAAACAUUUCCUAGCCGUGUCUGUUACCGAACCAGCACGGACUAGCGAUGUCCUGGUGCUUGGCCUGGAAGUCUACAUUUAUACUACAGCCUUCUCUACAGCCAUAUUUGUUGCGAAGGCAGACUCGACAGGGUAUUCAUACAUCCAGUCUACGCCUCCGGGCUUCUCUCCCAUCCGGGCCGUCACUAUAGCCUUUUUGGAUUUCCUCGUCGAACAUCGACGGCGACCAGCCAAGCAAUUGAUAAUCAAUCUUUUCGCCCGUGCCCAGGCCCAGUAUCUGUUCCCAGGAAGCGUUAAAAAUGAUAAAAAACAUAUUCUGGAUGAUAGGGGCCUCAUCAAAUGGUGGUGCCGAGUGCUGAACCCCCUCCUUGAAAAUCAUGUUCAAAAAGAUACAACUAGAACUUGGGACCAUGUGCAUGGAUAUCUGAUUAUACCUGGGCUCGAUGAUUACGAGACCCGUGCCUUUAUCCCUAGGACCGAACAUGCCGCUCGUAACUGGUCACUACGUCAUCCUCUUGAAUUAAUAUCACCAUACACAAAAGAGGCUGCCAACUACGGAUAUAUACCGCCUAGAUGUCUCAUUCCCACAUAUCCGGAUGAUCCAAAGGCACGCUUUGUAGAAGAAUUAGAAGAGUCCACAUCGGAGAAGACCAAGCUGCUCAGCGGGUGGAAAACUCCGAAGACGCUCGAUCAGUUCUGGGAGAUGAUGGCUUUUCGACAAGAGUGUUCGAGCGGACGAAUCACGGGGUUUGUUUGGCUUGUUUUCGAACCGCCUGCCGCUUCGACAUCUUCGCAAAAACAAAACGCGAAUCGGGCGACCUCGACCCCUGCUACUACAACUUUGCUCACCCCUGCUGCGUCCUUCAGCGAUCCCUCAAACCACGUAGGGUCUCUUUCGACGCCUGGAAAUCCCCAGGAAGCUGGGCUCACGUCUCUCGAAACACCGGCUUCGUCGCCCUCCAGGCCGGCACUCUCGAGUGUAAAAUUGCGACAACGAAAACGUAAAGCUAAGAAAAUACUCAAGGGACCUAUCAUACCUCGAGAACCUCGUGUCAAGACUCACCAUGCCAAAUUUCCUGGCCAGAUCGACACACCGUAUUAUUAUUGGCCAGAAGCAGGGAGAGGCCAGGUGGUAUUAGACGAUAGUGGUUAUAAGCGAGCCGUAGAGUUGCUCCUCCAUCUCGAAUUCAAGGGUCUUGAGCAAGCAAUCGCUAGUACAUCGAGGUGGACUGGUGAAGUCAACAUGGGCGACGGCUGGGCAUUACCUGUUACUGGUGAAAAGAUAUUAGCUGAAUCAGCACCUGCACUUCCAAUCAAGACGAUGAACAACUUGACAGGCUUGAUUCAGAAAAAGAGGAAGAGUGAAGACGAGCCUUCGAAUGAUAUCCAACCGACGAUGCUGAGUAAAGGCUUGGUGCGAAAAAAGGCGAAACUUGAUAACAACGAAGGAUUAAUUAAUAUUCAGAGCGCCAACGAAGUGAACGCGGAACCUAGGGUGAACAUAUUAGGAUCGGGAUUGGUAAAGAAGAAACCGAAGACAAGUUGACUUUCUGUAUAAUGGAUUUCCAGAUUUAGGCAUAGUUCGGAGUACCGGUAUUGGAUCUGGGGCAAAGGGCAAACCAAGGCGCACCUUAUUGGGAAGGAUGGGAGCAGGGCAUUAGAAGAUCUAUUCUUGAAUCAAGCACAUUAGGAGCUUGGUCGAAUCAUUUGAAGAAGCAACAACCUUUAAUUUCAGGAUGUCAUGGAGGUAUGUCCCAGAGUGAGUAGAAGGUCAGUCACAGUCAAGUAGGUAGGUAGAAGGGAUAGUAUAGGCGUCAAUAUUCA